GUCGUCGCUGCCCCUACCCCCCUGCUCAUCGACGAUACCUAUCAAAAUGCCCAAGGAGAUCCGCGACAUCAAGGUGUUCCUCGUUCACGCUCACAGAAAAGAUGCGAAGUCUAUCCACAUCAAGAAAACCGUAUCUCGGCACGUUUCCCUCAAGCCGAAGACAAAGUUCAAGCUGCGGUGUUCACGGUUCCUGUACACGCUCGUGCUGGACGACCCGGAGCGAGCGGACAAGCUAGCUGCAAGCUUCCCCCCUGGACUUGAGGUGAAGAAGGUGGAGCCGACGGUUGCUAAGAAGAAGUAGACGAUGUCGUAGUCGUUUGUCAUCUUCUGUUCGCAGGAGUGGGGGGGAUGAGGCACAUUGAGUAAGGGCUGGGCGGUGGGAGACUUCCAUGUCAUCUAUCUACGAGUAUGGCUCUUAUGGAUCAUGUUUGCAAUCCUUCCGCGUGAUGUGCUAAUGGUACAGUGCGGUUGUUGAUC